CACCUGCGAUCUGCGCUAACGACGGACGCGAUUCGAAUUUCGAAAUUUGUUCCUCCUUUCGAACGAAGGUUGGACGCCGUUCGACGGAAAAGAAUCGAACGAAGAAAUACAGAAGGCGACUUUGGCCGUUUUCGGAUCUAUCGACGAAUAUUCGACGGAAACGAUAGAAAGUGUCAUGGACGAAUCGGAAGAAGAAACGGAUAUGAUCCAGCAGGACGAAGAAGAAGGUCGAGCGGAAGCAAACGGGAAGACGGCGGUAAAGCGAGAAGAAAUGCUCGAGGUUUUUCGAGAGGACGUCGGCGAAGAAGAGACCGAGAAGACGGAGGCCUUCCAAGCCCGCUUCCCGGUAAAUUGGCGCCCCUUUUUGUGUUCUUUGAGCGGUGGCCCGGACAAAACGAUAAUCGUUUGGUUAUUCGAACGAAAGGAAACGGAAGAAACCGGGAAGAAACGAAAAAAGAAGAAAAGAAAAGGCUUAGCGGACGGAAGCGGGAAAGAGGAAACGCCGGAAGAAGAGAUCGUCCCCGUGACGAGAGAACCGCUCCCGGAAGAAAACCAAACGGAAGCGCGGAAUUCGGAACCCGAUAACCGGUGGAGGAAGAGAGAAGACGAAAGAAAACGGAAGGUGGGCCACGCCGUUCGACGUUACUUCCGGACGUUUUGGGCGAAGACGGAAGGAAAAGAAGAGGCUCGUGGUUGUUGGAAAGGAAAGUGGGAUUUCUUCCUGUCUUGUUUGGGAGUAUCGGUCGGAAUCGGCAACGUCUGGAGGUUUCCCUAUCUGGUUUUCGAAAACGGAGGUGGCGCCUUCCUGGUCCCCUACCUGAUAAUGGUUUUUCUGUGCGGUCAGCCCCUGUACUUCGCGGAACUCUACCUGGGUCAAUAUUCGGGCAAGAGCUUCGUCCGGGUCUGGUCCAGCUUUCCCGUGGCCAAAGGUUUCGGCGUGGCCGCGUGGAUAUUUGCUUUCAUUUUCGUCUCCUACUAUAACGUGGUCAUCGCUUACACUCUGUAUUACGCCUCGGCUUCCUUCGGUUCCGACUUGCCCUGGAGUUCCUGCCGAUUCGAGUGGGCCCAGAACGCUUCCUGCGCCUCCAGGUCUUCUCUCAAAAAUUACUCGUCCUUGUAUCAGACUCCCAGCGAAUUAUACUGGAACAAGAAGGUGUUGGGCGUGGACCCGAGUGUGUCGGAACCGGGAGGAAUCAAGUGGGACCUGUUCUUGGCCCUGGCGAUAGCCUGGACGACGGUGGCGGCGGGGGUGUGCAACGGCAUCCAGACGACGGCCAAGGUGGUGGGAUUGUCGGUGGCCUUUUCUUACCUGGUCUUGAUCUUCUUAUUUAUUUACGGAGUAUCGCAACCGGGAGCCGAGAACGGAAUUAUCUUUUUCCUUUUUCCCUCUUGGGACAAACUCCUAAACUUGAAGAUCUGGACGCUGGCGGCCGGACAGAUGUUCUAUUCUCUGAGCGUGGCCACGGGAUCUCUCGUCACCUUCGCCAGCUUCAACCACUUCCACUACGACAUUUACAAGGACGCCAGGAUCCUGGUCCUGGCCGACACUUUCACCAGCGUCCUGGCCGGAUUCGUGGUCUUUUCUCAGCUGGGCGUCUGGGCUCUGCGGCUGGACGUGGCCGUGUCCGAAAUCACCGGCGCCGGAUUCGAACUGGCCUUCGUGGCUAUUCCGGAAGCCCUAAACGCGCUUCCGCUCCGUCGGACCUGCACUUUUCUCUUCUUUUUCCUCCUGUUUUCGGUGGGAAUCGAGAGCGAGCUGGGUAUGGUGCAAAAUUUGGUCAUCGGCAUCUUGGACCUGAUUCCCAAGUAUCGAAUUUACAAGCGGCGAUUCUACCUGUGCCUGUGUCUGUGCGCCUUUCUUUUCAGCAUUCCCUGCGUCACUCGGGGUGGAUUCCAGGUGGUGCGAAUUCUGGACGGUUACGUGGGAGGAGUCACCUUCGUCGUCUUGGCCGCCUUCGAGUGCGUCGUCCUCUCCUGCAUUUACGGAAUUCGAAACGUGGGUCGAGACGUCCGCCGGAUGUUGGGACUGCGCACCAACGUCUACUGGAAGACGACGCUGGGUUUUUGUUGUCCUUUCGUUCUAUUCAUGUUAUUCGUACACGAUUUGGUGGCGAAAAAGAACGUGGUCGACGACCCCGACUACGUCGUUUGGCCGGACGUCGUCUCGCGGUUACUGACGGCCUUCACUUUGAUUCCGAUACCGAUUUGGGCGCUGAUCCAAGUCAAACGACAAAAACCUAAAAGAUGGCGACUGACCUUCUUUCAGGACAAAUCCCGGGGACUGGACAAUCUCGGUUACGUAUCGGACCCGACGGACAGAGGGAAGACGCCGGAAGAGGAGACCGUCUCGGUGGUCUCUCGAGGAAACUGGGCCAACAAGUGGGAGUUCCUGCUGUCCUGCAUAGGGUUGUCCGUCGGAAUCGGAAACGUCUGGCGAUUUCCCUAUCUGGCCUACGAAAACGGUGGAGGAGCCUUUCUCGUCCCCUAUUUGAUCAUGCUGCUGCUGGCGGGAAAACCCAUGUACUUCUUGGAACUGGCCUUCGGACAGUACUCGGGAAAGAGUUGCCUGACCGUCUGGUCUUCCGUCCCUCUGGCCAAAGGCGUGGGUUUCGGCAUGAUGUCCGUCUGUCUGAUCAUCGUCAUCUAUUACAACGUCGUCAUGGCCUACACCGUAUUCUACAUCGCUUCCACCUUCCAAUCGGUCCUACCCUGGAGCACCUGCGACGCCGAAUGGGCCGUCAACACCUCCUGCACGCUUCGAUCCGAAAGGACGAACCGCACGGGAGAAAGAAAAUCGCCGAGUCAAGUGUAUUGGGAGAGGUACGUCUUGGACACCACCGACGGUCUGUGGGAGACGGGAGGAAUCAAAUGGGACCUAUGCCUGUGCCUGCUGCUGGGGUGGACGGUGGUGGCCGCCUGUCUGCUGAAGGGGAUCAAGUCUUCCGGAAAAGUGGUGUACUUCGCCGCCACUUUUCCCUACCUGGUGUUGGCGGUGCUGUUGGUCUGCGGUCUGAUGCAGGAGGGAGCCGCGGAGGGAGUGGCCUUCUUCGUCACCCCGGAAUGGAGCAAGCUGAGACGCAUCGAAGUGUGGCAGGCGGCGGCCGGACAGAUGUUCUUCUCGCUGAGCAUUUCCAUGGGCGCUCUCAUCUCCUACAGCAGUUACAACGACUACAGGAACAACAUUUACAGGGACGCUUUGGUGGUCAGCGUGCUCGACACCGUCACCAGCGUGGUGGCCGGACUGGUCAUCUUCUCCGUCCUGGGAGCCAUGGCCCACGAUCUGGGAGUCGACGUGUCCGAAGUAGUGGCCAGCGGACCCGGACUGGCCUUCGUGGCCUAUCCGGAAGCGCUGACUCCUCUUCCCGUGCCCCAACUCUGGUCCUUCCUCUUCUUCUUCAUGCUCUUCGUCCUGGGAUUGGACAGCGAGUUCGCCUUGCUAGAAAAUAUAUUGACCAGCCUGGCCGACCGAUUCGUCGUCCUCAGGAAACACAAAACGCUCUUCUGCCUGGUCACCAGCUGCUGCUGCUUCCUUCUGGGACUUCCCUGCGUCACUCGCGGAGGUCAGUACGUUCUGACGCUGAUGGACAGGUACGGAGGAGGAACCGCGGUGGUAUUCGUGGCCGUGUGCGAAAGUAUAGCGAUGGGAUGGAUCUACGGUAGCGGACGCUUCUGCCGAGACGUAGAAAGGAUGCUGGGCACCAGACCCGGUUGGUACUGGAAGAUCACCUGGACGGUUUCCGCUCCCGUCGUCCUGACCUUCGUCUUCGCCUAUUCUCUGAUAGAACACGCGCCCAUCCAUUUAGAGGACCCCAGGUUUCCGUCCUGGGCCAACGUCUUGGGCUGGAGUCUGGCCGGCCUGGCCAUGAUCCAGAUUCCCCUGUGGGCCGCGGUGACCGUCGCCCGGCAGAAGACUUCCGGUUUCCUGCAGAAACUGAAAGAGGCCGCGAAACCCACGCCGGAAUGGGGCCCCAACGACCCCGCUCUGAAACGGGAGGAGAAAACCCAGUCGGAGGACGGCAAAAUAUAUUCCGUUCGCCUGUGACGUUGGCGGGCCUCCCCAGGACGGACGACGCCUUUCCUGUUUAUAAUCCGGAUAAUUUCAGAAUCGUCGACCAUCCGACGGAGUACGAACGACCGAAAGAGCCGUCCCCGUCGUUUCCGAAAAGGCUUUAAGACACGGGAGAGAAACCGCCGUCCGAAUGGCAAUAACGGUUACCACGGGAGCGCGGAAGAAGUGGCCGCCAAACCGUUCUCGUCCGUCCUCUUACCAACGACGACCGAUAAACGUAUACGUAGUGUCUGUCUUUCUUUUAAAUAUUUUUACCUAAUAGGCUUUCUCCAAUAAAUCUGGAAUUAUCGGCA